GAGCAUGCGAAAUCGGCCGGCCUGCUGUCUUCUCGCGACACUGGCGGCCGGUACUUUAAAAUGUGGUGUUCUGCACGAAAAGUUUCUCAGCGAUAUUCUCUGCUGUUCUUCGGCAGGCAACGAAAAUCCCGGUCACCUGUUCAGAGCCGUCUGCAGUCAACCAGCUCCACUGGAAGUGGACCAGGCAAAACAAUAGCUGUCGCAACUGGUGUGGCUACUGUUGGCAUUGGUGGGGCUCUUGCUUACGCAAAAUUCGACUCAGACUUCAGGCACAAACUAGAAAGCAACCUUCCUUAUGGAGACUCGCUCAUUGGCAGCAUUCUUGGACCGGCUGAAGCACCUGUUAGACAGCUGCCUUCUGAGAAGGUGAAGGAAAAGGCCCUUGAGUCUAGUCUCCUACGCAAAAAGACACCAGUGGAGCCAUCAAGGAGUGAACUGAAGCCUUCUUUGCCACCACCACCUCCAAUUACUGCCCCUUCACACACAUCCGUAAAAGAGAAGGCGCCGUCACCUCGUGAUUUGGAAGCAGAGGCUCAGAGACAACUACAAGACAUCAAGGAACGGAAUGAACGGCUCAACUUUGCAUUGGAGCAGUCACUUCGCGAGGCCCAACUGGACUUGGAGAGGCACACCAAGGAUGCAGUGGUGGCACAGUUAGAAGCCAAGGAAGCUGCACAGAUUUACACUCGCAAGUUGUACAGAGCCAUCGACGAAGCCAGGGAUAGUGAAGACCAGUACAUGUGGGAUGAAGCGUUGCAAGCGAAAGAGGCAAAGUUGGCUGCUGUGCAGAAGGCUGCUGUGAAAAGUGAACAGGCAUGGAGGUCCUUAGAAAACCUCCGUAGCACCAUCAAGAAAGGCCAAGAAAAUAAGGACACUCAAAAUAACUUGGCAAUCAGUCCAGCUGAACAUGCUGCAACAGUCGCCAGGGACCAACUUCGAAAUGCCGAGUCUGAGUCACGGUCAGCCAAAGAGGCUGCCAAAACAGCAAGUGACUACAAGGAGGCUGUUGAAAGGGCCAGACUUCAUUUUCAGAAAGAGAUUGAGGCUCUGCUUCCGGAGACCAAGUUUAGCGAACCAGGGCAGAAGCUGUCUGAAGAUGAGCUAAAUUUGCUACUUGCUCAUGCCCACCGGAAGAUCGAAAACUUGACCAAGGCUCAUGUGAAAAUGCAGGCAACUGAACAGGAGCGAGCCCAGAUGUUCCAGAGGCAACAAGAGCGUGUGGCCAGGGACUUGGAAAGGCAGCGGGCUGAGCUGGAUGCAACGCUUGAAGUGAAGCUGAUGAAGCAGCAGGAAGCGUUUGAGCACGAACUGCAGCAGCAGCUGCGACGCCAGGUGGCGGCACACACAGAACACCUCAAGGAGGCCCUGGAAGAACAAAAGCAGGAGCUAGACCGCACCUUCGGCCUGGAGCUGGAAAAGAAAAUAAUUGAAGAGCGGGCACAGCAUAAUGCGGCCUUGUCUUCCUCAGUUGCUAAGCUCCAGGGCAUGGAGGAGUACCUAAGGGCACGAGAUGAAUUGGAUCGGCUGUCACAACAGGCCAAAGGUCUCUGGCUUGCCUGCCAGGGCCUGAGGCACACUCUAGUUCAUGGGCCAGCCAGUGGCACCAGUGAGCCGCAGUCGCUGACCGCAGACGUGCAGCUGGUGGAGCGGGCAGCAUCCAUGAGCCCUUAUGUGCCCCUCGUGUUGGCCUCUAUCCCUGAGGAAGCCCUGACACGUGGUGUCUACCCAGAAGUAGCCUUGAAAGAGCGCUUUGCACAUGUGGAGCGUACCUGCCGCCGUGUUGCCCUCGUUGAUGACCAGAGACCCUCAUCACUGCUUCGAUACUUGGCCUCCUACCUGCAGUCACUCUGUGUCAUCUACCCUAAGGAGCUGCCCGAGGAGGAGCUUGCAGACGAACAGCGAGUCAAUCCUGAAAUGUGGGACACGUUUGAUGUUCUUUCGCGUGUGCGUUAUUGGCUCCAGCAUGAGAACCUGGAACAAGCUCUACGGUAUGCCAGUCAGCUGCGAGGCCAGCCAAGGCUGGUAGCCCAAGAUUGGAUCCAUGAACUUCGACUGCAUCUUGAAGCUCGCCAGGCAGCCUCAGCCCUCAUGGCCUUUGCUGCGGCCACUAUUGCUGAAGAUGCUGAGUAACUGAAACAUUUUCAUCAAUACUGGUAUGCUGUGUAGAUCUAAGGCACCAACUAGAUUCUCUCUUCUUUUGGGGGACCUUGUUCAGAUAGAAAUAUCGCUACUGGUGUGUGGGCUGAGAUUGUCAAGUUACUCCCUUGGAGUGCUGCUUUUGACCAUAUUUUGUUGUAAUGACUGGUCGCUGCCUUAAAUGUGGCUAUAGAGCAUGAUCCCUGAAAAAAAGCUGUAGCAGGCAAUGUCCUGAUUGGCACAAAAGUUAUAAUUUCUCUAUGUGCCCUUCAUUUCAAUUCAUUGUGUCUAGCUGGUGCACUUGCUUUGUGAACAGGCAGCAUGGCUUUUCAUGCUUAUGAUGCAAAACUGUGCACUGAUUGAAUUGGUGAAAUUGAACGUAAUACUUGUGAAACUGUGUGUGACCUUUGUAACAAUAGUUUUGCUUGACUGCUGCGACAAUACAUGGUAGAAUUUAGGGCUGUGACAGUGAGAAGUCGGUAGCAAGCACUGAGGCCUUGAAGUUAAAGCUCUAUAUGUGAAAUGGAAACUAGGUGGUCUUGUGUGCCCUUCAUGUGAGGACUGCUUGUAUAGCUCCUGGUCCAACCUUAUUUUACUGUGAGGACUUGGGUCAUAUUAUGUUUUAUUUUCAAUAUAGUGUACUAAGAUCGUUCUGUGUAUUGAAAAGCUGAGCCAAGUCUAAGAAUCAUGUGAAUGCAGUUUUAGAAUGCCACAAAAGCUGAUAAUAAAUGUGCAUGGUUACAAAUUUCUUUAAAAAUUAUUUUCUGGGGCUGUAUGCACAUAUGGGUGUUUUUGGCAUAAAGCUAUAAUAUUCGUCCUUAUUGGUGCAGUGCUGAAAUGUUUAAAGUGGAAUGAAUUUCAAAGGGAAUUGUGCAUUACUUUGUGCAAAGUAUGAUGCACAUAAUUUGCAGUGUCCCGAGUGGGAAGACCUCAGAAGUGCAGGCAAACAUCGCAGCUUACCAGCAGGCUGUAUGCAUUUUUAUUCAGAUGUGAGUUGUUUUGUGCAGAAUCUCUUCUCAGUUAUGAAAAAAAAAAGGUAUUGCAUCAUAAAAUGUACGUGCGCUGCCAUUACUGUGAAGAACCUAUUGAACUGUUCCCACUUGCAGGUGCAAAUGCUAAGCAGCAUAAAGUACUUGUGACUGCCCUUAGUUGAUCAUGGUGCAUUUUGAAAUUAUUUCUGUCACUCUUGCACAGUAGGUGAAGUGCUUGCUGGUAUAAUUUUCUUGCUGCAGUGAAUUAAUCAUCAGCUGUUUAUGUGGGAAUCGCUUAGUCUUAUUUUCUCGGUUCAAGUCUCUGGUUGGCUUUCUACCUUUGCCAGUUUAUGAAUAAACUAUACAUGAACAA